AUGAUGAAGGAGACGAAGUGGGAGUUCCAGCUCUCCGCAAGAGUAUGUCAGCCAAUCAUUGUCCUGUUUUAUCGUCGCCACAUGGCGGGAACGCAGGCGCGCGGAGUUUCUGUUGGGAGCAGUAAUGGCGGGCACUUGAUUAAUUGCCUAGCUUCGGAUCGAGAAGCUCUCAUGGACUUCAAAUCUGGGUUUCGAGAUCAUGGUGGGAACGUGUUAUCUUCAUGGAGGGGAAGCAAUUGUUGUGAAUGGCAUGGAAUAGAGUGUGACAACAAUACAGGAGCAGUUAUUACAAUUGAUCUCCACAACCCAUAUUUGGAUCCACAUCAGAAGAGCAGGUAUGGAUACUGGAACCUGAGUGGUGAGAUAAGACCAUCUCUGAUGAAGCUCAAUUCAUCACUAAGGCAUUUAGACUUGAGUUUUAACACUUUCAAUGGCAUACCAAUUCCUCAGUUCGUGGGAUCACUGGAAAAUUUGCAGUAUUUGAACUUGUCAAAUGCUGGUUUUGGUGGCCUCAUUCCUCCACAUUUAGGAAACCUAUCUCGUUUGCAGGUUCUUGAUCUCAAGGCCGCUGAAAUUUUAUAUGAUGAACUUGUUGUUUUUCAGUCUUUCGAAUUACAUGUUGAUAAUUUUCAAUGGAUAACCGAUCUCAUCUCUUUAGAACAUCUUGCUAUGAAUGGGGUUAAUCUCUCCUUGGUGAAAGAUUGGGUUGGGGCAUUGAAUCAACUGCCUUCUAUAGUUGAAUUCCAUCUAUCGAGUUGUAACCUGUCUGCUUAUACUCUAUCUCCUGCAACUCUUAAUUUUACUUCACUUGCCGUCAUGGAUCUUAGCCAUAAUAAAUUCCAUUCAGAGAUACCUGAUUGGCUUCCAAAUAUAAGCAGCUUGCAGCAUAUUGAUAUGAGCAAAAGUAGCCUAUAUGGAAGAAUACCACUUGGUAUAGGUCAGAUGCCGAAUUUAUUGUCGUUGAAUUUAGAUGGCAACACCAAUCUUACAGCAAGUUGCUCUCAACUCUUCAGAAAAGGAUGGGAAAAAGUAAAAAUUCUUAAAUUAAAAGAAAAUAAGUUAUAUGGAGAGCUGCCUUCAACUUUGGGAAACAUGACUUCUCUCAUGCUUCUUCGACUUGACUAUAAUGCUAUUGAAGGUAGUAUUCGAAGCUCUGUUGGAGAACUUUGUAACUUGAUUGAAUUUUCUGCAUCAAGAAAUAACAUGACAGGAAGCCUACCUAAAAUUCUUCAAGAAGCAAAAAGUUGUCCUUCUAGGAAUCCUCUCUCUACUAUGUAA